CUCGCCGCCGCUCGCCGUCUUUGAGGUGGCUCGCCGUUGACCUCCUUGCCACCAUGCCUUCCUGGAACGACGAGGAAACUAGCUCGGAGGAGGACUGCGAGGUCGUCAGCAUGGACAUGGGACUUAUGGAGGAACCAGACACCACUGUGGAGCCCCUUUUCUGUGGCCAACUUGAGCUUGCUCAUCCCAAGUGCAUUCUGCAUCAAAUGAGGCCUAUUAAGCGUGUUGCUUUUGAAGGGCCUUUAACAGGAAGGCGUUUCUAUGGCUGCCCAGUCCAGGAAAAUGGUGUGAAUUGUGGUGUUGUAGAGUGGGUUGAUGGGCCUUGGCCAACUGUUCUUCAGAGAUGUUUGUGCAAGCUAUGGGAGAUGUUCCAUGAGCAGAACUUUGGAAGGGUACAGGACAAGGAGAAGUUUGAGAAGGAGUUGGCCAGGCUUAAGAGUGAACAUGAAAGGGAGUUGGCCAAGCUUAGGGCUGAAAAUGACAAGCUUUGCAUUGAGUACACCAAGCUUGUUGAUGAUGUAUCCAAGAUGUUUGAUUGGCAGGAUGGUAGGGUGGACAAGAAGGUGCACCAGAAACAAGUGAAGGAGGAGGAAGAACUUGAGAAGAAGAAGAAGGAGCUAGAGGAGAAAGCUAUGUUGGAGGUGCAGAUGGAAAAGCUCAAACUUGCAAAAGAGCAGAGGUGCAUUUUGCAGAGCCAAGCUGAUAUCAUCAAGAACACCAGGAAGGCUAUGAAGGAUGUUCAAGUUGACAGAGAUGUUCUUAAGAAGGAGAAGGCAAAGCUUGAGCUUGUUGUUGCUGAGCUGCUGAAAGAAGGGUAUGGCAGCAAGAAGAAGAUAGAGCAAAUCAAGGCCAUCCUUGAUUCUUGA